AUGUACGGCUGGCACGACGCCACUAUGAGAUCGGUUCAGUCUGCUGCUGUUACAGUUUUUACAUCGGAUUUAUAUUUGAUAUGGAUAUUGCUCACUAUAUCGAUAACAACAAUCAAAGCAGGUCUGGAGCGCAGGCCUUCAGAAGACUGUCCACUGGGUCACUUUCCAUGUGGCAAUAUGAGCAUCUGUCUGCCACAGGUUCUGCACUGCAACGGCCAAAACGACUGUCCCAAUGGAGCUGACGAGGACAGCUGUGGAGAUAACAGUGGCUGGGCAGAUCUCUUCGACCGGACUUUUAAAAGGAUUUAUCCACAAGAUCUUGCUACAGACUGCCAAGUGGAGCAGUACCCUGAUCGCUGCCGGUGCAUAAACACCGAGAUCCACUGUGUGCAUGUCAGCUUGAGAUCCAUUCCACAGGUGUCAUCGAAUGUUACCUCCCUAUCUUUGAGCCAGAACUGCAUCUCCUUGCUUUCUCCUGGAGUGUUCAGUGAUCUUCAUAAACUCAAGUGGUUGAUUUUGGAUGACAAUCCCAUAACAACAAUUACAGCCAACACAUUUACUGGCCUGAGUUCCCUCUUCUUCCUGUCAAUGGUGAACACCUUUCUAGAACAGCUUCCACCCGCCAGACUCUGCACCCAUAUGCCCUUUCUCAGCUGGCUGGAUUUCGAGGGAAACUGUAUUAAAACUUUGGGCUUGUCAACUUUACUCGGUUGUGAACAUCUGACUGUGCUGUCAUUGAGAGCCAACCUCAUCAAGAGUCUGCCAGAGAAUACCUUCCAGUCUCUGCGUAUGAUGGAAGACCUGGAUCUGUCCAGUAACUUGAUAAAGGAACUUCCAGUCAGUAUAUUCAAGGAUUUACCCUCAUUGCAGAUUCUGAAUCUGUCCCAAUUUUUGCACAUCGGACUCUCGUCUUUUGAAGAUCUGCUUGCUAAUGUGGUUCUUCGUGUGUCCGUGUGGGUCAUGGCUUUUAUCACCUGCUUUGGAAACCUCUUUGUCAUCGGGAUGCGGACAGUCCUGCGGGCUGAGAACAACCUGCAUGCUCUCUGCAUCAAGGUUUUGUGCUGUGCAGAUUGCCUGAUGGGGGUCUAUCUUUUUUUUGUGGGGUUCUUUGAUGUGAAGUUCCGUGGCGAGUACAACAAGAAUGCUAAGCUGUGGAUGGACAGCCUGGAGUGUCGUAUCAUCGGCUUCCUGGCUAUGCUGUCCUCUGAGGUUUCCGUCAUGAUGCUCACUUAUUUGACCAUGGAGAAGUUCCUAGUCAUUGUUUUUCCUUUCAGCCACCUGCGACCGAGCAAAUGCCAAACAUUCACCGUUUUAACCUCUAUAUGGCUGCUGGGUAUCUCUAUAGCUGCAGUGCCUCUGCUUAAUGAGGAGAUGUUUGGGAAUUAUUACGGACACAAUGGAGUGUGUUUCCCUCUUCACUCUGAAGGUCUGGAGAAGCCCAUUGCAAAGGGAUAUUCCAUUGGAAUUUUUCUUGGACUUAACCUGGUGGCCUUCCUCAUCAUUGGCGUGUCCUACUCCAGCAUGUUUUACUCCAUCUAUAAGACUGGCAUCAAUGCCACAGAGCUGCGUGGACGGCUGCACAGGGAUGUGGCAAUGGCACACCGCUUUUUCUUCAUCGUGUUCUCUGACGCCCUCUGCUGGAUUCCCAUUUUCCUGGUCAAAAUCCUCUCCCUGCUGGAAGUUGAGAUACCAGGGACAAUCACGUCUUGGGUAGUGAUCUUUGUCCUUCCCAUCAACAGUGCCUUGAAUCCCAUCCUGUACACUCUGACCACCAGUUUCUUCAGAGAGCAGGUGGAACUUUUAAGGUGUCAUUGGCAUAGACAGCCAAGACUCAGACAGGACCGCAAGAGCCUCACCAGCUCUGCUAUCCACACGGACCCCUCAAGGUCUUCUUUCUGCCAUCACAACUACAACCCACAGACCAGAGCCGAUCCUCCCUAUACGCAAAAUAUGCAAGUUGCGUAG